AUGUCACAACCACAACCAAAUGCACACGGAUACCCAUCAUACAGUGCAGAUUCACAACCACAACAACAACAAUAUGCAUAUCCUCCACAACAAGGCUACGCACAACCUCCACCACAACACGCCAAUCAAUGUCAAGUGACAGGGUGUCCAAACCUUGCUGAUCCAGGCUACAAUAUCUGUCGUCAACACGUGUUACCUCCACCACAACCACAAGUCAAUCGAUGCCAAGUGACAGGAUGUCCAGGCCUUGCCGAACCAGGCUACAAUAUCUGUCGUCAACAUAUAUCACCUCCACCACAAGUUAUGAUGACUGUCGAAACACAAGAAGUAAAGGAUAAGAACAAAAAUCGACAAAAGAAAGAUGAUCGCAAUGAAAGGGCUCAAGAAUGUGGUAAAUGCUGCUCUGAAUGUUGUUCUGGUUGUUGUGAAGGUUGUUGUGGUGAUGACGAUUAA